AUGGCUGACACUACCGAUUCUCGGCCUCUGGUGCUCGUCUUUGGUGGCACAGGUCAUACAGCGGUAGUAAUCAUCAACGGUCUCGUAAAGUCCGGGGCAUUCCGCGUCGCUACGGCCGUUCGCGCGUCUUCUCUAUCCAAGCCGGUAGUUGUCGAGUAUAGGAAGAACAACGUUAUUAUCCAUGAAGCAGACAUCGACGAUGGCGUCGAAAAGCUGGCCAAGGUAUUGCAUGGAGUAGACGUGCUGAUCAGCACGAUCACCGCGAGGAAGAUCCUUAGCCAGCGCGAUCUCUUCGCCGCUGCGAAGCAGGUUGGUGUCAAGAGGGUUAUCCCAUGCGAUUUUGGGACUCCCGGAGCGCGCGGGGUCCGUGACUUGCUCGAUGAGAAACUUGAAAUACACGACUACAUCAAGAGUCUUGGUCUUGGAUAUACUUUUAUCGACAUUGGCUGGUGGAUGCAGAUCUCUCUCCCCUGCCGUUCUACUAGCAAGUCCAUGAUGCGUGAUGCGAGCCGCCAACUUUACAACGGUGGUGUGAAGAAGAUACUCGUCACCAACCUGGACAACGUCGGCGUGUAUGUUGCACACGUCAUCGCAGAUGAGCGCACGCUCAACCAUUCCGUGCUCAUCUGGGAGGACCAAGUAACUGCAUUGCAAGCCAUGGAGAUCGGCGCCAAAGUGAGCGGAGAGGGUUCAGCCUUGAUAGAGAAUGUCGCGCACGUAUCCGCGAACGAGCUUCUCGAACGAAUUGCGGCCGCUAAGGAAGAGUAUGCGAAGACUCAUUCUUUCGUCUCUUUUGCGACCAAGACGGGUUACCAAUACCAAUACAGCAUCCAUGUCCUCGGUGAAAAUAGCUUGGAGAAUGCGAAGGCGUUGGGUUACCUGGAUUCCCGCGAGUUGUACCCUGAUAUCAUUCCGGACACCCUAGAGAACUACGCGCCGAAAUUCUAUGAGAACGAAUAUAUUCUGUAG